GGUAAAAUUCUAGUAGCUAGCAACAUUAGCAAGCCCUUCAAAAGUGUCAUUUUUCGAUUUGUGCGAAGUCGUGUAUCGCGUUAUUUAUCAUGACAUAGAAAAUAUUUGCAUUAACAAUCGUUUAUGGAUACCUUGAUUUUAAUCAAUGUUUACGCACGCUUAAUAUUAACGGUGUCAUGUAAAUAGACCGUGAAAUUGUAAAGUUGUUCAAGGGGUGUUAAAUGGGGGAAAUAUUAGUGCAUUUGUGUGUUGUGCUGUGAGAGUGAACGAUGGAUCGCCGAUGUUCCCAGUCCGUCCGGACACUUGUGUUCGACGAUUCGGACUCUGAUCCGCCUAAAGUCGGACAGAAGAAGGAUCUGGCGUCGGCUGGAGCGCCAUUGUCGUUGAACCAGAGCGCUGAAGAUGCGACAAAAACUCCUCGUUUGUCGAACUUGGUGCGUAUGCGCCGGUCCGCGCUCGGGAAGUCGGCACCUACGCUCUCAGUUCACGUCAAGGAGACAUGUGCGGUGUCCCGGCGUCCGUCGCGUCUGCCUCCGCCGCCCCCCCACCAUAGGCUGUCACUAGUGGUCGGAUCAGGUCGGUGCAGCUCUCCAGGCACGGGUCCCCUCUCUCCAGCCGAGGGUCCCCGCUGGCCACACGUGCAUCAUCCUCAUCCUCUGCACCAUGCUCUCCUGUCCUCCAGUGUUAAACGAGGGAAGGAGCUCGAUGGUCGCAGGUGGUCGGUGGCUUCGCUCCCCUCCUCCGGCUACGGGACCACUCCGGGCAGCUCUAGUCUUUCGUCACAAUGCUCGUCCCAGGAGAGGCUGCUGGCGGUGCAGGCGGUGUGCGAGCCGCCGCGGGCGCCGUGUCCUCAUUGCCAUCAGCAUCAGAACUCGCUCAACAGCUCACAAGGCAGCGGCAUGAACAACUGGGCGUCGCUGUCGGACAGCGGCGGCAGCGGGAACACCGCCGCGCGCGCACCCUCGCCGCAGAGCCCGGCCCGCCGCGUGCGCAGCAGGAGUUUGAGUUCACCAUCCCGCACUGGUGGUGGAGGUGGUUCGAGCGGCGGCUCCGGGUCCCGAGAUGAUGCGGUCUCCGCCAUGUCUGCGCUGUUCGCUGCUAGGUUCCCUGCCGCGCAACGGGCUAUGGAUGAUAAGUUGCGAGGGUUGAUAGAUGAAGUGCUGGAACUAGACAAGAAGCCUGAUCGGCCGCCUAUUGAGAGAUUCGUUCAGAGACAGGUACUAGAGAUGGCUCGCGACUGCCUACACAAGUCGGAAUCUAAGCAGGUGACCAGCACUUACUUCUACGACAUGGCUGAUAGCUUAGACAGGCUGCUUGCUGAGACACGAGAAAAAUCAGCAGAAGCCGGUAACCAAGUGGCACCAUUAGUGACCCGGUUAAUACUCGCGAUGGCACGACCAGCUCGCCUGCUCGAGUGCUUGGAGUUCGAUCCUGAGCGGUUCUAUCGCCUGCUAGAGGCCGCUGAGGGUCACGCGAAGCAUCAGCAGGGCAUAACGACGGAUAUCCCUCAAUACAUAAUCCACAAGCUUGGGUUGUCGCGCGAUCCACUAGCUGAACUACACGCGCCGCCCCCGCCGCCGCCGCCGCAGAAUACAUCGCCUUCCAAGAGUCGCGGGCGUCAGUCCCCGCCCAGCGGGCAGGGCUCCAACAGCGCCCCGCCGUCCGAGAACGACUACCACGUCAUCAAGCUCAUCUCCAACGGCGCCUACGGAGCCGUCUAUCUAGUCAAGCAUAAGCAGACCAGGACUAGGUACGCGAUGAAGAAAAUAAGUAAAAACAACUUGAUACUAAGGAAUCAGGUGGAACAGGCCUUCGCUGAGAGGGAUAUUCUCAGCUUUGCCGACAACCCUUUCGUGGUAACAAUGUACUGCUCUUUCGAAACCAAACGCCAUCUCUGCUUCGUGCUAGAAUUCGUAGAAGGCGGUGACUGUGCUACGUUACUUCGCGCGGGACCACUACCGGCCGACAUGGCGAGACAUUACUUCGCCGAAGCCGUCUUAGCUGUCGAGUAUUUGCAUUCCUAUGGGAUUGUGCAUAGGGAUUUAAAGCCUGACAAUUUGCUGAUCACGGCGACUGGUCAUAUAAAGCUGACGGAUUUCGGGCUCAGUAAAAUGGGGUUGAUGUCGUUGGCGACAAAUCUAUACGAAGAAUACGCGGACAGAGAAGCUCGCCAGUUCUCCGACAAGCAAGUGUGCGGCACGCCUGAAUAUAUCGCGCCUGAAGUUAUAUUGAGACAGGGUUACGGCAAGCCAGUGGACUGGUGGUCGAUGGGCAUCAUUCUGUACGAGUUCCUGGUCGGCUGUGUGCCUUUCUUCGGAGAUACGCCGGAGGAACUGUUCGCACAUACUGUCAAUGAUGACAUCGAAUGGCCGUCAGAAGAGGAUUUCCCCAUAGCAGUGGAGGCUCGUGCCAUCAUCACGGAGCUGUUGGCGCGGAACCCGCGCGACAGGCUCGGCACUGGCGGGACACAUCAAGUUAAGGAUCACGUAUAUUUCUGUGGCCUGGACUGGAAUAACCUGCUGAGGAGGAAAGCGGAGUUCAUUCCGCAGCUCGACAACGAUGAGGAUACCAGCUAUUUUGACACUCGCUGCGACCGCUACAACCACAGCGAGGUGGACACAGACGAGGCGGCCGAGCCCGCCGAGCCGGCAGAAGACGCCGGUCUUUUCGCCGCCUUCUCCAGCACCUCGCCACAGUGGAGACGACAUUAUCAUCAUUCGUGUGUUGAACAUGACUCCAGGAGCACGGAUUCGUGGCCGGGUACGCCUGAUAGUGCAGGACCGCCCACCACGCCGACUGCGCCGUUGCAUCACCAUCCUAAAUGUCCGAUCCUAGGCAGCACAUCAACAGCGGAAUCCUCACAGACGGACAGCGACGACGUGUCGCCCGCAGCGCGGCGUCGCGCGGCGCUGCGGCCGCAUGCACUUGCGCAUCCUCUUGCGCACGCGCCGCUACUGCCGCAUGUGCCGUCUGCACUCGUGCCUAGGCUUUCGGACAUGUCCCGCAAAGACGACACACACAAGAGCGUGAGCCUCGACAAGCCGGAUAAGCCGGACAAGCCCGACAAGCCGGAGCGGCCCGAGAGGCCGGAUAAGUCGCGGCCUACGGCUAUCGUUGCUAAGUCGAUGAGGAGAUCCGCUAGCACAUCCGGAUUGUCGCUGGUUAUACAUCCAGCAGAUGACAGCACACUGAGCAUAGGCGCCGGGUCGCCGUGUGCCGGCAACACGUCGUCCACUAACUCUUCGCGAGAUUCGUCUCCUUGUCGCGACCCACCCUCACCCUUCGCGUUGCCGAGCCACUCGUUGAUCCAGUCUUCCAAGCCGCCCAUAGUGGUACGUCGCGGCCCCCGCGGCUUCGGCUUCACGAUACACACAGUGCGAGUGUACUACGGGGAUACAGACUACUAUACUAUGCAUCAUUUGGUUUCGGCGGUGAACGAGCAAGGCGCGGCGUGGGCUGCCGGACUGCGAGCCGGCGAUCUUAUAACCCAGCUCAACGGUGAAUCCGUACAGGGAUUGUUGCAUACACAGGUGUUAAGAUUGUUGCUGGCUGCUCCUCACGCUACUCUUCGAGCUACGCCACUGGAUCAAACUACCAUACAGGCGGGCGGUCGUCGUCGCGCAUGGUGUGGGCGUCGCGCCACCGCCCCUCCGCGGCCGCGCCCCAGAAGACGCUGCUCGCUGUUCCGCAGGAUAUCUACUAAGAGAGCCUCGCAGGAGAUGCAUCAGAUGGUGUCAGGUGGAGAAAUAGCAGGAGUAUCAGCUACUCCAGCCACCCCGGCGGCAGACAGUCCUCUACAUACCACCACUACCACUCACUACCAGCGGCCAUCAUCUCUCCACGGGCUUAAACACAAGUUAGUAGCGGGCGGCGCAGUAGGCACGGCAGGCGAAGUACGUCGGGCUUCACUACAGCAUAUGCCUCUGUCUCCUCUCGCCAGGACGCCGUCACCCUCGCCGCAGCCACAACCCGCAUCACCCACCAGUCGUUGCGAGGCGCGCAGCCCGUCUCCGCUGGCGGUGCGCGAGUGCGGGCGCCGCGCCUGGCCGCGCCGCGACCCCGCCUCGCCGCUGCUCAGACGAGCUCUGUCGCCUGACAGACUACAUCCCCGCUCAGCGGAAUCAAAAUGCUCAAUCUCGCCCCUCUGCUGUGGUGGCGCUAGCGUCGCCACCACCGGAGCCGGCGCCACCGGAGCCCGACGCGGCGUGGUGUGGCGAGCCGCCGCCCCCGCCCCGCCGUCACCCACGCCUCCGCCCCCGGACAAGGGGGAUGAUGCGUCCGCGCCAUUGCCCAGGAUAGCUGAGGAGAAGGACUCGCCUACACAUCAUGCUAGGAACUUGCCUAAUAGGACGCCAGCCAAGCAAUCCACCCCCAGUAUCUUCACAUCAUCCCCUAAGACGAGCCUGGAUAAAUCCGCAUUCGAUACAUCGGCAUCUUUCGCAUCACUAUCGUUAUCCGAUGAGUCGUUUAUCGAUACUUCUGUCGAUCUGUCGAAUCUGGACACCUCUAGAGAAGGCUUUUUGGAUGACAGCCGAGCCAGCACAGAAUCCAGCAUACUCAUCGAGGAAAAGACCAAGAAACCCCCACCACCACAAGAACCGACCCCACCAGUUGAAGUCCAAACGAAAGCCCGAAAGAAGUCGGACUCAAGCCUCAAAGAUGAAGACUUGAAGUCGAAAGAGAAACAGAAGUUCAAGCAAGACAAACCAGAGUUAAAGAAGCAAGAAUCUUUAGCAAGAAUGGAGGAGAAUAAAGAAUAUUCUGCUGUAGUGAAAGAAGAAAAGGUAAAAGAUAAAGUGAUGGAAAGAACGGGGUCUAUCAAGAAGGUCGAGAAGCAAGAAAAAGAUAAGAAAUUGGAAAAGGAGAAAAAACAAGAGAAGGCAGAAGCUAAGAGGAGUGAAUCUGUUAAGAGGAUCGAGUUGAAGAAGCAGGAGUCUGUUGACAUGAUUAAGUCACCAGAGCCGCUAGAAUCUGAAAGCCGCAGCAAGAACAGCAUGGUGAGCAAGCUACUCGGCGUGAUGGGACGCAAGGGCACCCGCGACAGAGAUGAUGAUGACCACAAACCUAGUAAGAAGGCUGAUAAGCAUGCUAAGAAGAAGAGUGGCAGCCUCCCCCCUCAACCACAGCAACCACCAAAACCGGAACCAACUCCUCAAGAAAAACCCUCAGAAAAAGAGACAGACGACAAGAGAAACAAGAAAACCCGCGGCCGAGCGUCUAGCUCAUCAUCCGGAGAAAAGUAAGACAGACAUACGCAGUUUGUACAAGUGCGAGUGAGAUGGACAUAGUUAUCGCAGUUUCGUCUUUUUGAAAGUGUAAAAGAGAAGUACUUUUGUGUGAGUGAGAAGUUAGUUUGUUCGAGCACUAGACUUAUGUGGACCUAAGAAGUGCAAGUGGGAUAGACUUUCGCUGUCAAAUUCUAAGCUUAGUCAUGAAGUUAAGUAAUAUAGUGAGGUCGCGAUUUAGAUGGGUGGGGGUUAGGUCAACUAUCGUAUUUUUAGAAUGUGGUUAGCUUUGCUUGAUUGUAAAUACAGGAUGUGUAUAUUAAGAACUUUUGGAAAAGACGUAAAUCUGUCUAUUGCCUUGGUUUUUUCUUCGAAAUUAACUUUCUUGUGCCUUUACUGUACGUAAAAGGAACUAUUUAAAAUUUUCUUCGAUUAAGGCAUUAUUAAUCUAUUUGAUCUCAUUGAAAUCAAGCGGCAAUAGUCCGUAUUUAUGUCCAUACAUUGUAAAAACACAAGUUUUUUUCUCAAACAUCCUGUAUACUAAGUUAUCAUCACGACUGCUUAUAAAGGGGGUGUAAGCAGCACUCAAGCUCGCGAGACAAGUAGUGAGACGUAGGUUAAAUAUAUAAAACGGUAAUGUGUCUACUAAAUGUUUUACUAUUGUUCGUGUAAGCUGGUUUGAGGGUAGAUCGACAUUUUUCUCAGACUGUGUACAUAGUAGGUAAAAACAGGCAGAGAUUCAGACAUUUUUUCAGACUAUUUUUAAUUCAAAAUAGACUAAUGAUUAUGAUUUUAGCAUCAAACUUUUCCAUAGUGUAUUUUUCUACUACUACUCUGACCAAUUUUUUAAUAAAUAUGAAAAUAAGUGUUCUGCAUCUUAAUUUUGGAAAUACAAAUUCAUUCUCUUCGAAUCUGUCUUUAAUAAGGGUGUGGUUUCUCUGCCUAUUAAACGUAAUUAUUCUAGUAUAUAAAAUAAAGUUUUGGAUUAUGUCGAGCUAUCAAAAUAUACUUAUGAAGAUUUAAUAAUAUUUCAGAGAUCUAUAAAAAAAUAACCUAAAAAGCCAGCCAAAAAUCUAGCUAAAAUUUAUUUAAAUUUUAAUUAAAGUAUUAGAUAAAUGCUUUAAGAAACUAUUGGACUGCUUUUUAGGUGUCAAAAUACAGUAUAAGAUUUGAUUUCUGCAAAUUAUGACUUUACCAGUAGGUUUGGGAAAAAAUUUAGAAGAACCUUUUUGAACUUAAAAAAUAUAUCUUCUAUUUAAAGUAUUUUGCUUAUACGAUACUAAAACUUCGAAGUAUUAUUAAAAUUUCAUAAGCGAAUCAAACCGGCGUUCGGUGUUGUGAUUGAUAAAAAUACUAAAUAAAAUAAAAACUAUUUGUUAAAUGAGUAAGCUUUCUUUAGACUGUUCAUAGCGUUUAAAUAGAUAGUUGAUUGUAUGGACUUUAGAUUGUCAGUCGUGUUAGCCGCUUUGGGGGUCCCUUAUUAUGUAAAUUUUAUCUUUUGCAAAACAUUUUAAACAGACAUCAAUUGAUUGCUUUUAUUCUAAAUUAUGAAAUCAGGCAUGUUGGAAAAAAUAUGUAUGUGGGCGACGGUUGGACCCAGUCAAUGAGUCAACAUCUCCUGAAAUUGCUCCGUGGAGGGACGGAAUCCGAGUCGAGUAUCCAAAGCCCCGAUUAACUGUCACGCGGAAAUUAACGCUGCAUAUUUUUCCAAUCAUUUUAGGCUUUUAUUCUAUUCCAUGAAAUGCCCUCUUUUUUUUAAAGCAAAAUAAAUGAUUUUAAACGUCAAUUUUCACACUUCUCUUCUCUAUUCAAGAUGGCGCCCUCCAAAGUGUUGCCAGCACGAUGUUUAGCCGCGAUUAAUUUUUUUAUGUCGCUUUUCAGUAUUACAAAGUAGAGGCGUUGAUAAAAAUUACAAAAAAAAAGAAAGUUUUAUUUUAACUUUUAUUUUUAAAUAAAUUAAUACUAUUUUUAAAAAGUUUGUUCGCGCACUGAUGUAAUUGUCAUUUGUCUUGUGUAAGUUUUUAAUUAAAUCUCAUUUUUUAGUUUUAGUUUUUAGCUUUUAGUGUUGUAUUUUUUUAGGCUUUAGUUUUGUCCUGUUCGAUGGUUUGAUACUUGACGCUUUUCUGUAUAUAGUCUUUACUUUCCGAAUUACUGGAGAUUGGCCACAAAAGUUUUAUUAAUAAUAAUUGAUUUUUGAAAGCAUUCUAUUUGGCAAUGAAACCAUUUAAUGACAACUCAAUGAUUUAUCCAAUAUUUUAAUAAUUUAACUUAAUCAUGAAUUAAAAAUUACAAAAUAUAUAUUUGUUUUGUCAGUAUUUCUGUAAAACUCUUUUAUAAGCGAUAUAUGUAUAUAGUGUCAGUCUUAUCGGAACAGGACAUUGUGACGUAUGUGAUAUAUUUUAUAAAAACUAUUAAUUUCUUUCAGCGUCUCUUGUAAUGCAAUAUUUUUUUUAUUACCGUUUUUAGUUUUGUAGUUCACGUUUUUUGUUGUGUACAUAAAUUGAUAGAAAGAUUUUUUUAACCAACAUAUUUUUUUAAAUACUUUCGAGAGAGUUUUUUACUCUCUAUAUUGUUUAUGAACAUAGUGGUCCAUCGCAUUGCUUAAAUUAGUUAACAUUCAAGCAUUUGUACUCUUGAUUAUUGUAUUGUAAUGCAUAUCUAUAAAAAACUCUUUUAUUAAUUUUUGUACACACCAAAAUACUGUCAUGUUUUUUUUUUGCGUUUUUCUACUAAUUUGUGUUUAUAAUACCUGGCAUUAUUAUUUCAUUAACAUUUUCAGUUACACCUAAAUAACUCAUUAACGAAUUUAUAACUAUCUACCCUGUUGAGGGGUUAAUUUCAAAGUUAGUCAACAUUCCAUUAAGUUAAUAUCUGUGCCAUACAAGCCUCUUAUUUAACAUCAUUGUUUUAGGCAGAUUGUAACUUUAAACAGAUGUUUAAUUAAUUGCCAAAAACUAUUAUGAAUUGUAUACGAAAGUUUUUUUUAAUAUAAACUACCAAAAUCAUGAAGUAACGUAAAUUCCUCAGAUUUAGAGAAUACACUGCAGAAUUUUAGUUGGCCGACAACUUUCUCGGGCUCAUAAAUCAGUAUGGAAAUGAAUGGUAGAAAGCACACAACAACUAUAAGAUAUUUGGCCGAUAUCAGACCGACUUUCUUGUCGUCCCACUGUUUAAUUUGCAGUGUGUUGGUACUCUUACUGUUAAAGUUACAAUCUGUCUAAAACAUAAAUGACAAUUAAUUACAAAUACUUACGAACCAUUUUCAUUGAGGUCUUAAUAACUGUCUUCCUGAUUGAAAUGUUACGUUGAAAGUUUUAAUUCUGUUGUCAAAGUAAUGAGAUCAUUCAUUUAUUUAUAAUAUUAAUAAUGUUUACAACUUGCUUAGAAAAGCAAAAGCGCUUUGCAAAGAUACAAAUUCGACUUAAGAUAAUUUAAAGCAAAUGUGAAGCUAAUAAUUUUAAAAUUUACAAAUUGUAUUAAAAUUCUUUUUAACGAUAAAAUUAAAACAUUCCGUCAAAAUGUAAUCGCGAUUUGAGAUAAAUUGUUUCUGUUUUUUAAUAAUGUUUUGAUUGUAAAUAUAUAAUUUAAUGAAUUAAUGUCUAUGGAUGGACUACUUGUCUAUGUCUUGUACGUUUGCAAGAACGAAUAAGUGCUCCAUCCAUGUUUCAUGUCAGAAUUACAGUUUAUGGAUAAAACAACGAAAAUCCUAGGCUUUUUUUUAAAUAAAUUGGUGUUAGUUUAUAGCUUUUUAAAUAAAAUACAAAGUACACUGAAAUGACUGCAAAAAUAGAAAAGAUUUAUACAUAGUUUUCUUUGUCUAAGUGUGCGCUUCAACUAUAAACUAAUGUCAGAAAAUGUAUUAUUAGUUCUGAUUGAAACUAGCCUUUUAUCAAUUUUUAACAAAUCAAUAUUGAUAAUAAGGACAAAGUUGUAAGUAAGAUCGUUGUAAAAAUGCUUUUGGACUUCACCUGAGACGAAUUUUGUUAUAAAAUAUUGUUUGUAAUACUCAUCGGUUAAUUAUUUGUAAAUUAAAAACUAAACUUAGUUUUUUUUUGCAUGGUAACACAGGGUGGAAAUACGAUUACCCAUAAAACGUUAAUUUCGCGCGCUAUGAGCAAUUAAUUAUUGUGGCAACUAUUUUUUUAAAUGGAGACCAAAAUGUAACAAUGAAUUUUUUGUAGAUUCUUGUGCAUAUUGUAUGUAUGUAUAAAUUGCUUUCGGGACCACGAAUUUGAAAAGUAUAUUGUUUGAUUAAAUCAUUAUUUCGUAAUUAGUUGUAUGAAAGCAAUCUACAUUGUUACUUUGGAAUUGAGCAUGCUUUAUGAGCAGCUUUGCUCUGUACGAGCAGAUGUAGCGAGCAUGUUCACAAGGGCCGGCGCACAUGAUCGACCAGUCGCUCGUGUGACGCCGCCGUUAGUAUAAGUUCACAUUUUAAUCUUCAUGUAAUGUGUAGUCUGCCAUACAAAAUAAAUUGUACUUCAGUAAUUAGUUUAAAUUUAAACUAGCGUAUAAAAUGUUAAAUGUGAUUUAUAAAUAAACGAGAAAUAUGUUUAGCGAGGAAAUAUUUUCUCUAGUGUAACGAUAUGUGUAUGAAUUGAACGGAUACUGAAAUAAAGUCAUGAAUUAACUGUUCUUA